AUGGAGAUCCAUCAUCUGGACCCAGCCUUGGCCCCAAUUGUCUUGCAGGAGGUGACAGCUAGAAUACCAGAUGGAAUCAUCAGAAAGAGGUCUGACUCCACAUCAGCUGAAAAUGAAGUCCAGAAGAAGCUCAAAUUAAAUCUAAUAAAGAAGUUUCAGUGUGUAAAUGAAGUGAUCACAAAGCAGGGAAACCCAACACUUCUGAAUGAGAUCUACACUGAGCUCUAUAUCACAGAGGGAGAAAGUGGAAAAGUCAAUAAUAAACAUGAGGUGAAGCAGAUCGAGGCAGCAUCCAAGAGAGCAGCAACAGAGGACACGCCCAUCAAAUGCAACAACAUCUUUAAACAUUUCUCAGACCAAGAUGAACCCAUCAGGACUGUCCUGACUAAGGGUGUCGCCGGCAUCGGAAAAACCGUCUCUGUACAGAAGUUCAUUCUGGAUUGGGCUGAAGGGAAAGAGAAUCAGGACAUCCACCUCAUAUUUCCACUUCCUUUCAGAGAGCUGAAUUUAAUGAAGGACCACAAACUGAGUCUGAUGGAUCUCCUUCAUUUCUAUUUUCAGGAGAUAAAAGAAACUGACAUUUCCAGCUUGCACAAAGUUCUGUUUAUUUUUGAUGGGUUGGAUGAGUGUCGUUUACCUCUAGAUCUCCAGAACUCAGUGAGAUUGAGUGAUGUAAAUGAAUCAGCAUCAGUUCAUGAGCUGCUAAUGAACCUGAUCAAAGGGAAUCUGCUUCCUUCUGCUCUGAUCUGGAUCACCUCCCGCCCAGCAGCAGCUGAUCAGAUCCGCUCCGAGUGUAUCGAUCGAGUGACGGAGGUACGAGGAUUCACUGAUCCACAGAAGGAGGAGUACUUCAGGAAAAGAGUCAGUGAUCAGAGUCUGGCCAGUAGAAUCAUCUCACACCUGAAGUCAUUAAGAAGCCUCUACAUCAUGUGUCACAUUCCGGUCUUCUGCUGGAUUAUAGCCACAGUUCUAGAGAGAAUGUUUGGUGAAGCAGAGAGGGGAGAGAUCCCCAAAACUAUGACUCAAAUGUACACCCACUUCAUUCAGACCAACAUCAUCAGAAAAAAGUACAUGAAGAAUCAGGAGGGAGAAGGAGAAAUGAUCCUCAAACUGGGAAAACUGGCUUUUGAGCAGCUGAUGAAAGGAAACCUGAUCUUCUAUGAGGAAGACCUGACGCAGUGUGGAAUUGAUGUUCGAGAAGCCUCAGUGUACUCAGGUGUGUGUACACAGAUCUUCAGAGAGGAGUUUGGACUUCACCAAAAUAAAGUGUACUGCUUUGUUCAUCUGAGCAUUCAGGAACAUCUCGCAGCUCUAUAUGUGCACCUGACUUUCAUGAACGAAAAUAAAAUUGUUAUACAACAGAAUCUGUUCUCAAAAAUGUGGAUCGUAUUGAAAAACCCAAUCUCAGAUCUACACAUGAGUGCUGUAGAUCAGGCAUUACAGAGUAAGAAUGGACAUCUGGAUCUUUUCCUUCGCUUUCUUCUGGGUCUUUCACUGAAGUACAAUCAGAAUCUCUUACAAGCCUUAGUGACACAAACAGGAAGUGACUCUCACAGCAAACAGAAAACUGUUCGGUACAUUAAGAAGAAGAUCAGUGAGAAUCCCUUUACAGAGAAAUCCAUCAAUCUGUUCCACUGUCUGAAUGAACUGGAUGAUCAUUCACUAGUUCAGGAGAUCCAACAAUACCUGAAAUCUGGAAAACUAAACCAAACCAAACUCUCUGAUUCUCAGUGGUCAGCUCUGGUCUUCAGGUUACUGACAUCAGUAGAGGAGCUGGAUGUGUUUAACCUGAGUGAUUAUACCAACAAGUACAGCUCAUUAGAUGAGGGUCUACUGAAACUGAUGCCGGUGGUUGCAGCAUCCAGAGCAGCUCGUCCAAUCUCAGUACAGAGAUCAGAUUCUCCAGCACCCAGCUAUAUCUCCAUGAAGAGUGACGGAUCUAUAGAUCCUCCUCUACAGUUCAAAGAUAAAGAUCCAUCAUCUGGACAUUCACAAGUUGUCGGGAGCCACUGCGACCACAACUCUCCUAAGAUCAGGAUGAAUGUCCUGCAGGAGGCGACCACUAGAAUACCAGAGGAAAUCAUCAGAAAGAGUUCUGACUUUAUAUAUGCUGAAACUGAAGUCCAGAAGAAGCUCAAAUUAAAUCUGAUAAAGAAGUUUCAGUGUGUAAAUGAAGUGAACACAAAGCAGAGAAACCCAACACUUCUGAAUGAGAUAUACACUGAGCUCUAUAUCACAGAGGGAGAAAGUGGAAAAGUCAAUAAUGAACAUGAGGUGAGGCAGAUCGAGGCAGCAUCCAGGAGAGCAGCAACAGAGGACACGCCCAUCAAAUGUAACAACAUCUUUAAACCUUUAUCAGACCAAGAUAAACCCAUCAGGACUGUCCUGACAAAGGGUGUUGCUGGCAUCGGAAAAACCAUCUCUGUACAGAAGUUCAUUUUGCAUUGGGCUGAAGGGAAAGAGAAUCAGGACGUCCAGCUCAUAUUUCCAAUUCCUUUCAGAGAGCUGAAUUUAAUGAAGGACCACAAACUGAGUCUCAUGAAUCUCCUUCAUUUCUAUUUUCCGGAAAUAAAAGAAACUAACAUUUCCAGCUUGUACAAAGUUCUGUUUAUUUUUGAUGGGUUGGAUGAGUGUCGUUUACCUCUAGAUCUCCAGAACUCAGUGAGAUUGAGUGAUGUAAAUGAAUCAGCAUCAGUUCAUGAGCUGCUAAUGAACCUGAUCAAAGGGAAUCUGCUUCCUUCUGCUCUGAUCUGGAUCACCUCCCGUCCAGCAGCAACUGAUCAGAUCCCCUCCGAGUGUAUCGAUCGAGUGACGGAGGUACAAGGAUUCAAUGAUCCACAGAAGGAGGAGUACUUCAGGAAGAAGGUCAGUGAUCAGAGUCUGGCCAGUAGAAUAAUCUCACACCUGAAGUCAUUAAGAAGCCUCUACAUCAUGUGUCACAUUCCGGUCUUCUGCUGGAUUACAGCCACAGUUCUAGAGAGAAUGUUUGGUGAAGCAGAGAGUGGAGAGAUCCCCAAAACUCUGACUCAGAUGUACACCCACUUCCUCAUCAUUCAGACCAACGUCAUCAGAAAAAAGUACAUAAAGAAUCAGGAAGAAGAAGGAGAAAUGAUCCUCAAACUGGGAAAACUGGCUUUUAAACAGCUGAUGAAAGGAAACCCGAUCUUCUAUGAGGAAGACCUGAUGGAGUGUGGAAUUGAUGUUCGAGAAGCCUCAGUGUACUCAGGUGUGUGUACACAGAUCUUCAGAGAGGAGUCUGGACUUCACCAGAGUAAAAUGUACUGCUUUGUUCAUCUGAGCAUUCAGGAACAUCUUGCAGCUCUAUAUGUGCACCUGACCUUCAUGAAUGAAAAGAAAAAUGUUCUUCAACAGAGUGAGUUCUCAAAACCGAAGAUCCUAAAGAUAAAACAAAUCUUAGAUUUGCACAUGAGUGCUGUAGAUCAGGCAUUACAGAGUAAGAAUGGGCAUCUGGAUAUUUUUAUUCGCUUUCUUCUGGGUCUCUCACUGAAGUCAAAUCUGAAUCUCCUACAAGCCUUAGUGACAAAAACAGGAAGUGACUCUCACAACAAAGAGGAAACAGUUCAGUACAUUAAGAAGAAGAUCAGUGAGAAUCCCUCAACAGAGAAAUCCAUCAAUCUGUUCCACUGUCUGAAUGAACUGGAGGAUGAUUCACUAGUUCAGGAGAUCCAACGAUACCUGAACUCUAGAGAACUACAACAAACCAAACUCUCUGAUUCUCAAUGGUCAGCUCUGGUCUUCUUUUUACUGACAUCAUCAGAGGAGCUGGAUGUGUUUAACCUGAGUGAUUAUACCAACAAAUACAGCUCAUCGGAGAAGGUUUUUCUGAAACUGAUGCCGGUGGUUGCAGCAUCCAGAGCAGCUCGGCUUGGUUCGUGUCAACUAAAAGAUAAAAGUUAUGAAGCUCUGUCCUCAGUGCUCAGCUCAGAAUCCUCCAGUCUGAGAGAACUCGAUCUGUCUUAUAAUAAUCUAGGAGAUUCAGGAGUGAAGCGUCUCUCUGCUGUACUGGAGAAUCCUCACUGUAAACUGGAGAUACUGAGGUUGUGGCAUUGUGGUGUAUCAGAUGAAGGUUGUUCUGCUCUGGCUUCAGCUCUGAGAUCAAACCCCUCACACCUGAGAGAACUCAAUCUGUCUUAUAAUAAACUAGGAGAUUCAGGAGUGAAGCGUCUCUCUGCUGUACUGGAGAAUCUUCACUGUAAACUGGAGAUACUGAGGUUGAAUAAUUGUGGUGUAUCAGAUGAAGGUUGUUCUGCUCUGGCUUCAGCUCUGAGAUCAAACCCCUCACACCUGAGAGAACUUCAUCUGUCUGAUAACAAACUAGGAGAUUCAGGAGUGAAGCGUCUCUCUGCUGUACUGGAGAAUCCUCACUGUAAACUGGAGAUACUGAGGUUGAAAUAUUGUGGUGUAUCAGAUGAAGGUUGUUCUGCUCUGGCUUCAGCUCUGAGAUCAAACCCCUCACACCUGAGAGAACUCAAUCUGUCUGGAAAUAAACUAGGAGAUUCAGGAGUGAAGCGUCUCUCUGCUGGACUGGAGAAUCCUCACUGUAAACUGGAGAUACUGAGGUUGCGUGAUUGUGGUGUAUCAGAUGAAGGUUGUUCUGCUCUGGCUUCAGCUCUGAGAUCAAACCCCUCACACCUGAGAGAACUUGAUCUAUCUAGAAAUAAUCUAGGAGAAUCAGGAGUGAAGCAUCUCUCUGCUGUACUGGAGAAUCCUCACUGUAAACUGGAGAUACUGAGGUUGUAUAAUUGUGGUGUAUCCGAUGAAGGUUGUUCUGCUCUGGCUUCAGCUCUGAGAUCAAACCCCUCACACCUGAGAGAACUCAAUCUGUCUGGAAAUAAUCUAGGAGAUUCAGGAGUGAAGCGUCUCUGUGCUGUACUGGAGAAUCCUCACUGUAAACUGGAGAUACUGAGGUUGGAUCGUUGUGGUGUAUCAAAUGAAGGUUGUUCUGCUCUGGCUUCAGCUCUGAGAUCAAACCCCUCACACCUGAGAGAACUUCAUCUGUCUGAAUAUAAUCUAACAGAAUCAGGAAUAAAGCUUCUCUCUGAUCUAAAGAAGGAUAAACAUUUCAGACUGGAGGAUCUGAGGUGA